AUGCCAGGCUUCUUCACCUCACCCUCGCUUCAGCGAUGCGACUCGCGACCCCACCUCUACGAGCCGGUAACCCGAUUCCCGCCCGUCUCUUCUGAAACCUCCGGCCUUCAGGUGACCGAAGGCGACGACCACGCGACCCGGAAACGCUCUCGCUACGAGAACCCCGACCUGCAAAAUAAUGCAUUCACCUUCAGAGCCCCAUCGCCCAACACAAACCCUUGGUCGCACCCGCUAAGCAACUCUCGGUCGUCAGUCAGGAGUCCACCGCCGCUGGCAAACGACCGAUACGAGCUAGCUGGAGGCAUGGAGGUUACGGAUAAGUUCGCAAGGCAGAACGGGAACUUGGACGAUUAUUUUCACCUGGAGAAACAACGCGGAAUGUGGUCAACACCUAUAAGCCCAAACUCUGGCAUACCUCCGCACCUUCAGCCCACGGAGCUUCAGGUUACACCAGCCAGCGCCAAACCGUGGAUGUUGAACCAGUUGAUGAAUAUCGUGGGUGGAGUGGCUGGCAAGUUGUAUCAAUUCUGCUCUGUUCCUUUCCGUGGAUUUCAAGCUGGAGGUGGCCAAGCAUAUGCCUUCGAAAACCAAGAAGUGGCGGCCAAACUGGGAUUACAGGAUGAUUACAGCUUACCGAAAGGUCCUACGCCGCAAACCCGUCCGAUCGACUACCGCGACAACGAUUUCGGUGUCGAGUCGAUAGAAUCCCUAAAAGCCGAGCGACCCGGAGCAAAGCGACAGCGUACGGCGGAGAGUUGGGUGGUCGUAGACAAUCAAGGCGAUAUUGUAUCGAGGCCUUCGACACCGCGCAUGGCUGCGCGAAGAGUACCUAGUCAAACAAGGUCACCUUCGCACAUCCCACGGCCUGUUUCCAGAGCGAGUAUGACAACGCCGGUGCACAAGCGACCAUCGUUAAUACCGGUCUCCCGACGUUCCACCCUGGACAAAACAACGUUUUACGGGUCGGUCAAAACGAACUCUCAAUCGCCAGGCCAUGUGCGAUCAUACAGUCGCCAAAGCUACGGCUCGCCUCUCUUGUUCAAUGACAAGCCGUCUAAGAAAAAGAGUCCAUUGCCCCCGGAAAGUCAGCGACUCAUCAGCAAGAUGCGACGGGAGGAGGACGAAGACGAUGCCCGCAUGAGAAGGAUGAGCUCCCAGAUGAGCGCCAUGCUACGGGAAGCUCGCGAGGCGUUGGGUAGCAAAUUCGAGACCGAAGAUGAAUACAUGGAGGAGGACGACGACGACGUAAAUGACAGUUUCAACUCGAGCAGUAUGCCGUUAUUCUCACGGUAA